CAUGCGAACUUUCUUGGAUGCUGCUAAGUUGGGGCUGGCGAAACCCACUCACGCAGAUCGCCGGCCGCGGUGUGAUGAUGUCAACCCUCGUCCACGGGUGAUGUCAUCGACGACAGACAGACAGAUAAAAAGGACCACAGCCUGCUUGGUGCAAUACCCACUCGUCAUCAUGACGAAACAAGAUUUUGUCGGCAACCAGCCAGUCGAACAAAUUCCAGGGGAUGCGAAACAGAAAAUUCCCGAUGAAGACCUCAUGAAAGAGGACAUCAAGAGACUUUCAAAGAAAGACCAUGAACCUGGUGCAAGUGUCAGAGCGGGUGUUGCUACGCGCGAUCCCAACGAGUUCGAUAGUCGGCCAGGUAAUGAGCGGGGCAACUCCAAGCCAGUCACCGAAGGUAAAUUUUAAUGUUGCUGCGCAGCGAGGUGGUCUCAUCGCCAGUUAUGACCCAGUAAUGUGAAGUGGGCUGAGGA